GAAUUGACCAAGAGGAAGCAUGUUUCGCGAUGACACAAUCUUGUUGCUGCAGUCAUUCAUCGAAGGGAACUCCCACAGGAGAAGGCAUAAAGCUGCCCAGGGAAGGCUAAGAAGCUGCUCAGUGAGUGCUAGUCAGGGAAACACUGGGACAGAUCCACAACUGAGCUAAAAAUGAGUACCGGCCAAGGCCCUUCUCAGUUUUUUUCUGGGUCCCUCAGGGGUAGUUCAGGGUGUGGUUUGGCCCAGCAAGGAAGCUCUUACAGACCUUCAAGUGCAGAUGGCGGUGCCAGCAGCACACACAUUCCUUUUUGCUCUGCCAGACCUCUCUGGCUGGCUCCUGCAGGAGAGGCACCGUGGGGAGGCUGCGGCGAGCACCACGGGCCGAGCAUCUUCCUGGGUGGGAAUGAGAAACAGACCAUGCAAAACCUGAAUGACCGUUUGGCUGCCUACCUGGACAAGGUCCGCUCCUUAGAAGCAGCUAACGCUCAGCUUGAAAGCUGCAUCCUAGAGUGGCACAAGACAAAGUCUCACAGCAAGAGGCAUGACUUCACCCAAUACGAGCAAAGCGUCACUGACAUGCAAAGACAGAUUGAGGAUGGCAAGAUCACCAACGCCAGUAUCCUUCUACAAAUUGAUAAUGCUAACAUGGCAUCUGAAGACUUCAGGCUCAAGUAUGAAGCAGAGAAGUCUCGUAGGCAGGGAGUGCAGUGUGAUGUUGAGAGCUUGCGUAAGGAGCUUGACAACCUCACCAUCGUUACAACAGAUCUGGAAAUGGAAAUUGAAGGCUUGAGAGAAGAGCACAUCCUCAGGAGGAAAGACCACGAGGAGGAUAUGAAUGCACAUCGCUCAUCACGGGACUUCAAAGUCAAUGUAAAAGUAAACGCAGCACCACCAGAAGAUUUAGCCAAGAUGCUAGCAGAAAUAAGAGAAGAUUAUGAAGCUAUCAUUGAAAAGAACCGUAAAAGCCUUGACAGUUGGUACAAAGAACAGAGUGCAGCUCUGUCUCUGGCAGCAGUUCCUAAUCCAGAGCAGCUACAGAGCAGUGAGAACGAGAUCAAGGAUCUAACACGCACUUUACAGUCCCUGGAGAUCGAGCUGCAGGCACAGAUGAGUAAGAAACACAUGCUGGAAGACACCUUGGCUGACACCCGGAAUUACUACGCUCUUGCACUUCAAAACAUGCAAGCCAUCAUCUCCAAAUGUGAGGAAGAGCUAAGCCAGAUUCGCCAAGACAUCAAGCAUCAAAAUAACCAAUACAAGGUCCUUCUUGGGAUCAAAACUCGUCUGGAGAAGGAAAUUUCCACUUACCGCCUGCUGCUGGAGGGGAGCGUUGAUGGGACAACAAGAAAAUCUGAAUCAAACGCUAAAGAACACGCGGGGCCGACCAACCGCAAGAUCAAAGCCAUCGUACAUGACAGCGUGAACGGGCAGCUGGUAUCCUCCACCAUCAGUGAGAUCCACCAGCAAGCGUGAAUUCAGAAGUUCUGCUAGCUGGCUUUCCUAACAGCCGGAUGCGCAGCCUGUGACCAUCCCUCCGAGUGACUACGUGCAGCGUGCUGGUCUCCCCGUGUGUAAAAUGGGGAUACUGAUAGUGAACUCUUUCAUAAAAUGAUUUGCAGUCCAAUAAUGAAAAGUGCCAUACAUAGCUGAUAUUGUUAGUUUGAAGAGGUUUUAGUCACCAAAACACUGAAGACAAACUUUUCAAUGAAAAUGCCUGGCUGAGCUGGUAAUACAUGUAUUAUAUACACCUCACCAGGGCAUGAACCUCCACCUGUGAUUCAUUUAUUGCUCUCCAAAUUAGCUAUAAUUAAAAAUGAAUAAUCUCUCUACUUUGCUCGUGGUCUUGUCUCUUAUCAUAUACCUCACUGCAGCCAAUAAAUUCUUUCCCAUCACUUGUA